AUGGGUGGCGUAGACGGGGUGAACCCGUCGUUGUUGGCCCACGACGAAUCAAGCUCCUGUUGCGCGACGUUUAUCGGCCCCAGGGAUUUCAGCCACAUAGUUGAUCCGGAUACGUUCGAAACGGAUGUCCGUGAUGCGAUGGCCAACAUGCCUCAUUUUUUGACUCUGUACAGUAAGUUUGAUAACGUUACAGCGAUCGAUUGUUUACGCUCCCGUGUACGCGAAAACAGCGCCCAUAUCUUUCGGCCCUGGUGGUAUGCCCUCGCUUUUAAAAACCCGUGCUUGGAGCGUCUGUUUGCAUUGAAUGUAAGCUAUCGAGCAUCACGGUCAAUACUGGCUAACUGCCUGAUUAUACCAAUUAUGGCGUUUGUGAGGAGCCUAAUGAAAACUUUGAUGAAGAGGAACGUUAUAAACGGUCAAGAUUUUACACCUUUGUUACAUUACUUCACGGUUGCUGUCAUUCUGAGCGCCGUCCUGCUAACUCUCCCGACGUUGAUGUUACAAAACAAAGUGAAGCACCAAACGGAGACCAUGUGUUACGCGACUUACAGUCUGAUGCUGCUGCUAUGGGGAGUUCUGCACUAUCUGUUCCGGGAUCUAGUGUAUCAGAUGGAGGGGGCGCCUAGCGAACGGUGGAUGAUGGAGUUACUCACGUGGAUAUCGUUGCUGUUAUUCGGUCUUGGUUUCAUCGCCAUUCUUUUCAAUGUGAUGAAGUUAAGGUGCUGCAUUGGCCAAUAUGUGCUCGUCUUCCACCUGAUCUGCCAUUUCAUCGCUACAAUCACAAUACUGUCGAAGCACUCGCAAGAUAUACUCUGGUUUGACGGGCUUGUUCGCCUCUUGAUGUACAUCACGUUCACUGCAUUCUCCUACUGGUUGUUGUACACUUCUGAGUUCGAGAUGCGAAUACGUUUUCUGAUUUGGCUCUCAACCUAUUUGUCGAGGAACGUCAUGGGUACCAGUUGCACCAACGUGAACCAAUUCGUGACGGCUGCCGAACGGCUGCACGAUGGCUUGCAGGAGUGUAAAGACAUGCUCCUGGCUAUCCGGUCGGAAGGUGACCUCCGAAGUGCCGACUCUAAGCAGCGCAUGUCGAAGAUUGGAGAGACACUGGAGGCCUGCAUGCAACAAUUGAGAUCUGGUGAUAACUUGUACGGACUCAGUUAUGGCGACCUUGAGGUUCGCGAUGAGCAGCUCGAGGUCAUCGACGCUUAUCUGUGGAGCACAAAGGACAGGUUCAGCUCGCAGCUUACUACUCUACGCGGCAGUGCUGACACGAAUUACGUUUCACGGUCAUCUCUGAGCUUCCCCGUGUAUAGCGCCCCGUCGCCGCCUCUACAAAUCACCCCCUUCGAGGAUGUGGCGUACAACGUUUUGGUUAGCGAUUGGAACUUCGACGUUCUCAACCAUUUCGCGACGACCGAUCAAGCGUUCCUGUCAAUUGGUUGCGGAAUGUUGUAUCAGUUUGAAAUGCUGCACAACGUGGACAGAACUACCAUCGUAUCGUUCUUGAGUCGCUUGGAAAGCUUCUACCUAGACGUUCCGUAUCACAACAAGAUGCACGGCGCAAUGGUGGCGCAAAAGCUGCUCUGUCUGGCAAAUUAUAUCCACAUGCUGGAACACUUGAACCCUUUAGACGAGGCGUUGCUGAUCGUGUCUGCGUUGGCCCAUGACGUCGGCCACCCUGCUCGCAACAAUUCCUUUUUCGUCCGCACGCAGCACCCCGUAGCACAACUGUACAACGAUAUCGCAGUGCUGGAGAACUAUCACGCGGCCAACACGUUCCGGAUUCUGAGCACAGCCGGGUGCAACGUAUUCGCAGAUUUUGAUUACGAAUACGUCAGGUCGCAGAUCAUUGGCUUGAUUUUGGCCACUGACACCGUGGACAACUUCCAGAUGAUUUCCCAAUUCGUCCUAAUGCGCAGCAGCGAGGAAUUCACUUUCGAAGACCUGAAGACGCGUAUGUUGACAAGUAAGAUGUUGAUAAAGGCCGCUGACGUUGCUGCCCCCACGAUGCCUUGGGCGAUAAGUCAGGAGUGGGUGAGCCGUCUGUUGGGCGAGUUCUAUGCGCAAGGUGCUGAGGAGGCUGCUCUGGGUCUACCUAUAUCAGCACUAUGCGACCGCACACACCACCAACAGGCUGCCAAGUCCCAGGCUGCUUUCCUCAAGAUCGUCGUUUCGCCACUAUACAGGUCGAUAUUGCCGCUGGGUUCCGUGGAAUUGGACCAAAUUAUGCGCCAGGUUGAAAGCAAUAUCGAGCGUUGGACAGGUAUGGACACCGCCGGCGACACAAUACAUUGCAUUGAGUGCGAUGAUGCAAAGGCAAACCUGGAUGUCUCUUUCGUGUUGGAUUAUUUAUCACAUAAAGCAUAA